UCUCACCACCACAACACAAAAACUCUCACCUUUCUUUCCCUCACGUCUCUCUCUCACAUCAUCAUGGCCUCCCCAACACUAAUAACCCCCAAAUCAGUGAAAUCACUCACACCCAUCAAGCCCAAACCCACCACCACCAUCGCCGCCACUCUCACACCACCCACAACAACCUCCACCGCCGCCGCCACCCACCCUCGCCGCCGCGAAUUCUUGUCCAUCAUCACCGCCACCACAUGGCUGGUCCCUCUGAGCCCGGCACUGGCUUCCUCGGACGAGGAAUACAUGAAGGAGACCGAGGAAGUGAUCAACAAAGUGAGGACAACAAUCGUGAUGGACAAGAAUGACCCCAACGUGGCAACCGCGGUGGCGGAGUUGAGAGAAACCUCGAACUCGUGGGUGGCAAAGUACAGGAGGGAAAAAGCGCUUCUGGGACGCGUUUCCUUUAGGGACAUGUAUUCCGCGCUCAACGCUGUUUCUGGUCACUACAUUAGCUUCGGACCAACCGCUCCCAUUCCCGCCAAACGAAGGGCAAGGAUCUUGGAGGAGGUCGACACUGCUGAAAAGGCGCUUCUAAGGGGAAGAUAAUUGAGCAAAAAGGUUUUUUUUUUUUCCUUCUUUCGUUUCGUUCUUCUUGUUUCUUAAGUGUUGGUUUUUUUUUUUUGUCUUGUAUUGUAUUAUUAUUGCAAUGUAUCAAACUCAAGUUACAGUAAUAGAGGCUCGCUUUCUCCGUUUAUUCGGAGAGGAAGAGAUACAUCUCAUACAUGCAUGUAUGCAGUCACAGAGUCAUAAAGAAAUGGAGGCAUUUUCCAUUGAUGUCAUGAAGGCAUUAUUAGUAAAUCCAAUCAAUCACAAUUAUGCUCUUAAUUGCCA